GCUGAAGAGGGACUGGGUGCCUUCCAGGGAGAUCUCAUCCUUACCUCCCUUCCUCUCCUGAGAGAGACAGAGUUGGCACUUUUAGUGGUUUCUGGGUUAACAUGCUUGGUUACUGAGUACCCCCUGAACUCUUGGCCUCCAGAGGCUGCCCCAGUCCUGGCUGCAGGCCGGGCAGACACCCUGACAAGUAACAAAUGAAUGUAGGCAGUGGAUUGUUCUGAGCCUUGUCUGCCUUGUCUGCUUUGUCCGGAGGAGGAGAAGAAUCAAUGGAGUCUACCUGAGAGGGCUUAUUCUUGUCUAUGGAGGGGAGCUCUGGGCCGAGAGAACCCAGGGACAGCCAUGGACGGAAGUCUCAGCGCUUUGACAUACUGCCUAAAGGUUGUAGGGCAAGAGGGUGUCUCCCCCAAAACGGGCUGACCCUCCUCCAUCCUCAACGCAUGGACUAUAAUAGGAUGAAUUCCUUCUUGGAGUAUGCACUCUGUAACCGGGGUCCUGGAGCCUACAGCUCCCCUACCUCUUACCCUCCUUGUUCAAGUUCUCCCGGUGACAGCUAUGGCGGGGAACCUCGUUAUGGAGGGGGUCUCCCCAGCCCUGUCCUUCAGCAGAAUCCAGGCUACCCCACACAGACUCCAUCAGCAUUGGGGGUCCCCUUCACCAGCUCUUCACCCUCGGGGUACACCGCACCCACCUGCAGCCCUGGCUAUGGCCCCUCCCAGUACUACUCCUUGGGCCAACAUGAUGGGGACGGGGUCUAUUUUCAGCAGUCUGGGUAUGGGAGCCAGCUGGGGGGCUUAUCGGAGGGCUAUAUCACGGGAGAGACUGGAGCAGGGCCCUACCCUCCAACACAGCCCACUUAUGGGACCGAGCAACCUUCGGCCUUCAUUCCUCCCUAUGGGGAUCUUUUAGCGGAGGAUAAGGAACCACCCUGCCCCUCGGAGCUGAGCACGCCCACCACCCAAACCUUCGAUUGGAUGAAGGUCAAGAGGAACCCUCCAAAGACAGCAAAGGUUUCUGAUAUGGGCCUGGGCCCAGCAGGAGGCAUCCGCACCAACUUCACAACGCGGCAGCUGACCGAGCUGGAGAAGGAGUUCCACUUCAACAAGUACCUGAGCCGGGCCCGACGGGUGGAAAUUGCCGCAACACUGGAGCUCAAUGAGACGCAGGUCAAAAUUUGGUUCCAGAACCGGCGGAUGAAGCAGAAGAAGAGAGAGCGGGAGGGAGGGCUGGCCCCUGCAGUGCCCCCAGGCUCCAACAAGGAAGCUGCGGGAGAUGCUUCCUCCGACCAGUCCGCUUGCACCUCCCCAGAAGCUUCACCCAAUUCGGUCAACUCCUGAACUAACCACAGAACCCAAGGGAUUGUUCCUGGUUGGCGUCACUCUUUCCUCUUCCAGAGCCCUCAAAAUAUCCCCUAAUGGGGUGUCUACUUCGUGCGGCCCCAGGGCAUUCCCCCCUUCUCAACCCUUGAACGCCGGUGGCCCCCAGGAUACUUUGUAGGAGGCCUCGACUCGUUCUCUCUGGGGAUUAUUGUGCGUGUAUAGGAACAUGUAUAGAGAUACCAGGAUGGGGACUGACUGGGCUGGCAUUCCUGGUCUCUUUCACCCCCACUGCCAGAAGGUUGGGGGCAGCCAGGGAUCCACUUUUGCAGAGGGAAUCACAGUCGAUCAGGUGACCUAUCCUUAGUCUCACUGCCCUUUUCUCUCUUCAAUUUCUCUCCUUGGUUCCGUUUCAGUGCCUUUGAGCUCCGAGGACUCAGUCUCUCUUCUUUCCUUUCUUCUCCCCCACUUGCCUUGCCACUCACAAGACAGCAGAGUAUUUGUGUAUCCUAGGGUCGAUUUGGGGGGGGGGGUGAAUUAGUAUUCUUGUGAGUAUCUCUAAAGUGGACAUUGUUAAUGCUAGUUGCCUUGUGACAGACCAAAAAGAAAUUUUUUUUCGGACCUAAUCUAUAACCGUCUCCCAGUCCAAGUCCUUGUCUCUCUCCCUCACACCCUCAUUUUGCACUAAUGCUGCGGACACUGGCUCCCUCCUCUUCCCAUCCCCAACCCCCAGCUCCUUCUCACCCCAAUCCCCAUUGUCCAUAUUUCCUUACUUGAGAUUGAAAAGAAAUGUGGAUCACAAGGUCUGGGCCUGGGCCUGGGCCUGUCCCUCCACUCCCACCUAGAGAAGUGGCAUGCUGCUUCUCAAAGCAAGUAGAUGCCUGCUGUGCUCCUUCCUUAUUUAUUGAGUACUCUAACCCCAGGACAUUCUUUCCCGGACUUUGGAAGGCGAAGCAGAAACAGGGGGUAAGGUGCCAUUACCUGAAUAAGACUUAAAGAAACACCCUCAACUCAGAAUCGAAAGGAAAAAGAACCAUCAAAGUGGAUAGUAUUUUAGAACUGAAAUUCAACUCUGUAAAGAAACCAGGAGUUUCUGUGCGCUGGAAACAUUGGAUCCUAAACAAGUCAAAUUCCCUCUCUGUAUUUCCAACUACCUCAUUCCAAUAAAGGU